AUGAAUAAAUAUGGGCUAAAGUUAAAUGAUAUUUCAAUUAAACCAAUACAGUCAUCUAGGAAGGUUUUAUAUAAUAUAGAGGCUGUGAAAUCCCCUUUAAUUACAAGUUUUGAGAGAUGGUCUGGGAAAAGAAAGAAAAUUCUGUUAAAUAAUAAGAACUUCAUUGAUAAUUUCAAUUUAGAUACUUGGAAAUUGACUGAUAACAUUUUUGCAAAUUUACUAAGCUCAGACAUGAGAUCUGAAUUAAGUACCAGAACAAGACUUCCAAAAGAUUUCUUGUUACAACUUAAAGCUACUAAAAUUGAAGAAUCUGAGCGUGAAGAUUCAGGCAAGAAAGUGGAUUUUCAAACGAGUUUGAUACAAAGUAAAAUAGGGAGAAAUUCAUAUAUACUAAAUUCAAAGAAACUAACAUCUAAACUACAAUUCACAUACAUGAAAUAUAUACCGAAUGCACUACUGCGUAAUUAUAUUCGAGUAUUCAAUGUUUCUGACAUAAAAUAUUGCGAUGAGGACAACAUUGAGAAAUAUCUGGAUAACAUCAACAGGCUGCUUAAAUCAACAAAACGAACUUUAGUGAAACCAGUUGAAUUUAAUGAAAUGUAUCUUAAAAAAGAUGACAUUGUCAUAAAUUGUUGUAAUGAUAAGGUCAAUCUAGAACUAAAAAAAUGA